AUGUCGCCGCGUCGCCGGGAAACUUGGGGAUACCGCAACGUCUGCGCGCGCCCCUCCGGCGGCUUCUCCGCCGAGAUCCGGUUCCGCGGGAUUCGCCUCGGCCUCAGAAAUUUCGACAUUGCCAACAAGGCCGCCUGCGCAUACGACGCAACGGCGUGGCGCCUCCGGUGGCCUCAUAGAACAUUGAACUUCCCCAACGUGCCGACGCGGGAGCGGGCACAGGAGCUCGCGCCUCUGCCGCGGCUUAUCACCAAUGAGGAUCGUCGCGACAACCGGAGGCGGGAGCACCGUAUCGGCAUCGCCAAGAUGGACGAGGAAGCCAUGGCGCUGUGGCGCCAACGCUUCCUGCAGGACAUCAUCAACGAGCGCGAGUUCUACGAGCAAAGGAGGGUGGAGAGGGAUAAGAGGAUGGCGGAGCGAGGCGCCUAUCGCGAGGACAAGCGUAGGCGAAAAGCGGACGCUCAAUUCAACAUGAGGCUAGGAGCAGCAUCGCCCUGGGAAUCCAACGAUGAUCGGUAUCUUCACGCCUACAUUAAGUUCAGAGCUUCAGUGUCGAUCUUCGUCAGAAAAUUCAGUCACAUGCUCACAGUGCACUUGGCACGUUGCUCACGGCCUAGCUUGCUUGUCUGGAGCCUCACACGCGCGCUUGGCACGUUCCUGGCGUCGAUGGCACCCUGGCCCGCCUGUGCCGGCGUGUCUUGCGGCGGCCGAACCCCCGUAGCGGCCGACAGGGAGCAGAACGGUGGCAUAACGCCGUUCGGUGCCGCCCAAACCCCCUGGUGGCUCCGCGUGGCCAUUUCCUCGCCAGCGCACGCAUGCAGCACCGUCGCCGUGGCGCGGCACGCACAGAGCGCGCUCCCUGCCGCCGACGGGCCCGCGCCGCCCCGUUCCGUCGAGCUCCCCCUAAGCAACCAAAUCCCGCUGAGGUUAGCACCUAAAUGGAACCAGGGAACAUCCACGACGACGCUCAACCUCUGA